AUGACUACAGUCGAAAACCCGAAAAUUCCCUUCACGGGCAUCAUUCCUGGAGGUAUGUACCCCGGCCGCAUAAUAUCACUGAAGUGUGGCAUCCUUCCAGCAGCAAACAGAUUUGCGAUAAACUUCCUAUGUGGUAGCAGAGACAUCGCGUUUCAUUUCAACCCUCGCUUUGAUCAGAACUACAUUGUGCGCAAUUCUUGCAUCGAGGGGUCGUGGGGAGCGGAGGAGACCAGUGGAGGGAUGCCGCUGGUUAAAGGAGAGGCGUUUGAAGCUGCAAUCAAGUGCUUCCAUGAUUGCUUCAAGGUUUGUUUAACUGCCAGUCGCCGUAAACCAAUCGAGACGUACGACUCUCAACUUAAAAUCGUACCACUACGAAGCCGCCCCAACCUUUCUCCCGACAGCCGGGGUUGCGGGGUGUCGUUGAAUGGGAAACAUUUCUGUGACUUUGCCUUCCGCGUCCCGUACAGCAAGAUUACCCAUUUCAACGUGGAAGGUGACGUCAUGGUGCAGAGGAUUGCCUACGAGGGUCCCGCGCCUCCUCCUGAAAUUGCAAUGGUCAUCCGCUGGUUAAGAAGAGAUGCUUGA